ACGCGGCGGGGCCCGGGGGCUGGCACAGUUCACUUGGAACCUGCGCAUCUACUCACGCCAACAAACAUGGACGCCAAGAUUGUAGUAUUGAUCUGCGUGCUGGGUGCAGCAGCGGCGAGCGUGGUAGUACCAGCACCGCUAGCCCCAGUAGCCCGGUUCGACCCUCUGCCACAGUACUCGUACGGCUACGACGUUCAGGACGCGCUCACCGGCGACUACAAAGGCCACCAGGAACAAAGAAACGGGGAUCUCGUGACUGGAUCAUAUAGUGUAGUCGACCCCGACGGCACAAGGAGGAUAGUCGAGUAUGCCGCGGAUCCUCUGAACGGCUUCAACGCGGUGGUACGCCGUGAGCCGCUAGUGGCGCCCGCUCGGGUGCUAGCCCCGGCCCCCGUGUUUGCCCCCGCGCCCGCACCGGUCCUAGCACGAGCACCGGUGAUCGCGCCCGCACCUGCGCCGCUGUUCGCGCCCAGACUACCGAGCCCGUACUUCUUGUAGAUAAAAUUAUUACGAUCUUGUUGUUAUUGUACUGAAUAGUUAAGUAUUUUUGUAAUUGUUAUUUAUGUUAUUAAAUGAAUUAUAAUUGAAAGAA